CUCAGCCAACAUAAUAUUUUAAAUUGCAAACAUAAAGGCUGGGUUCAAAAAAAUCAAUUUGAUCAUUAUAACUUACCAGAAAAAAAAACCAGUAAGACGCCGCAUACUUGGUUUUGCAAUACGUAUCAACAUAGUUUUUAUAAUAUAAAUUCGCCUCAAAGCUGGAACACUAGUAUUAUUAAAAAUAUUAAACAUGAAUAUGAACAUAAUAGUUCGAAUGAAGUGAUGUUUUAUCAAGUGAAACAACAAAACUACAACAGUAAUGACCAUAGAGAGGAUUUAAAAAAAUCUUUUUUUAACAGUUAUCAGUAUUCUAAAUACAAAGAUCAAAAUAUCCAGUAUAAUUGCAAUUCAUAUCUAAACAACAAGAGUACCGUAACAGGUCGUAUACACCAGUAUUGGAUAACAUGCGAUCAUAAUUUUUCAUCGUAUGAUUUAAGUCAAGAAACUGAUAAAAUAUAUCCAUUGAAGUCAAGUCAAUUCCUAAAAAAUUAUACAAACAAAAAUGUCAAUAAUUCAAAAUAUUGUUGGGAUACAUACGGCGUUUCAAAGGCAAAAAAUGAUCUUGGAUGCUAUAUAGAAUAUUUUGAUAAAACUUGGGAAAGUGUUAUGAGAGUUAUUUCAGUCCAUGCGCAUCUUGGAUAUGCCAGACAUCUUCGUGUGUAUGUUUUUAUAUAAAUAAUCAA